AUGCCCUCUUCUGGCUCCUCCACCAAUUCAUCUUCUUCCUACCAUCAACACCAACAAGUCCAUUUCGGUAGUGGCAUGAUGAUGAUGGGCCACCAACAACAACCAAACCAUCAUCAACAACAACACCCGAGUCCACAACAUUCAGUGAGUAGCAACAGCAGCAGCACGACGAGUAGUAGCGGUAGUAGUAGCUCUUCUUCGAUGUCAUCCUCUCACACUAGUGUUCAUCACAACCACCACCAUAAUAAUAACAUUAACAACAUAAAUCCUGCCUCGAGCAGCAGUUUUCUUCAAUUCGUUAAAAACCUUCCUGCCAACUCUCACUAUGCACUUGGAUCCGAGAAAAACAAACCCACCUAUCCAGCUCUUCCUGAUUUUCAGAUUAGGAUUGUCAAUUGUGAUUUACUCAUGUACAAAUGUCGUAGUGAAGGUGCAAAUUGUUUCCUGAGUUGUCAUGUGGCAGCCACAAGGCAUCAACAACAUGUUGCAACCAACAACACAUCAUCAUCGCCCACAAUGGAAGAUAUUUUCACAUUUUCUGAAUAUCCUCUCAACUCCAACAUGAAUUUAAGUGAUCUUUUGAGUGGUAAUUAUUCAAAUGAGCUCGGAGGAUCCACCAUUGUUUCUUUCAAUCCAAAGGGUUAUCUUUUGAAUGCACCCACAGACGUGUAUCAAUACUCCAAAUUCACCAUCAAAUUUCAACUCAUUCUCGAUACACCUGCCACUACCAUCGAUCAGUUGGGUACAAAUUACACAGUACCAUCAGAAACAACAACAACAACCACUCAAAAGAUUCUCUUGGAUCAAGUUCAGGCCAAUUCGUUUGAACCUCCUCUCGUUGCUCUCUCAUUGAAAGAAGAUUUCUCAGAGGAUUGCAAAUACAUUAUUGGAUCUCUUGCUGGACGUGCUGAAAACUUGAUUAAAGAUGGAAGUAAGAAGAUUGCGAGACCAGUGGUCAUUACCUUCUCACCUGCAUUGGUUGAUCACUAUUUGAGUGGUGGUAUUGUUGGUGGUGUGAACAACAACAACAUCUCAACUUCCUUAACAAACUCUCACAGAAAGGAUUUAUUUCUUCAUAUCUAUGUGAGAGGAGAGGAUGGACAAGAUGCACAACAAGAUCAAUUCUGUUUGGUCAAACAUGACAAGAUUAAAUUGAGACCAAACAUUUAUUCGUAUACCAUUGAUGAACAGCUCGGAAAAUUAGAUAAGGGAGACAAGAAACCUCAAAAGAACAAAUUUAGACUCGGAAUUGUCUUGUCCACCAAAUUACUAGUUCUCAACUACAAGGACUUUACCAAAAAGAUGAUGAAAUAUCGAUAUCCCACCAAAUUGAAGGAACAUCCCUCUCUCUUGUAUUGGCUUGAAACACGACAAUUUCAAUGUGCCAAACGAGAGGAGAUUUGUAAGGCUCCCACCAAACGUAAACAAAAUGCAGGCUCCCUGCUCUCAGAUGAGAACAGUAGUGGUGGAGGAGGUGGAGGUGGUGGUAGUGGUGGUAACCACCCACUCUCCUUAUUAGCACCAGGAGCAGGCUCUUCUUCUUCCUCAAGUCCUGGUCACUUGUUAUCACCAACACCAUCACUGCCCGUAUCACCACAUCUCGGUGGAGGAGGAAACGCUCCAAAAGCCAUCGCUACUGAACUCAAGAACAUGCUGUCUUUGCGUAUGCUCAAAAUUAUGCAUGGCACAGACUUGGAGAAACAGAAAUUAUUAACUGAGUUUGAAGAGAAAACUCGUCAAUUAUUGGACUUGUAUAACAUGUUGCAAGGUGCUGAUGAAUAUCGAGUGGUUAGUUUUAAAUUUACGGCCAUUCAUCCAGCAGAAGGAAGAGAAGGUACACCAGUUUCUGUCUAUUCUCCAACACCCUUAACAGAAGAAUUGAAAUUUACCAUUCAACUCGGUACUCAAUACUUACCCUAUAGUGGAGGAAUUACUUCGAGACAUACCAUUGGCUUUAAUGCUCCACCAAAACCCAUGCCUGAACUAAGUGAAUAUGUCGUCACAGUUCAUUCCAAAGAUGCCUAUGUCAUGGUGGAACCUUCUGAGCAAGUACUCGUAUUCAAAUAUCUGAAGGAUGAUCAAGCUCGAUCGGAACAACAAGUAGGUUCCUCAUUGACCUCUCAACAACAACAACAAGAGGCUCGUAUGAGUGGUUCCUAUGAUUCAACCUCCUUUAGGGGACUUUUGGGUAGCUCCAUGAGUGGUGAAGUGAUGGAGGACUCCUUCUUUACGGAUCCCUCUUUCUUGGAUGAUAAUUUAGCUUGUAUUUUCGCUCUUGGUGAUUUUACAAAGGCUAAAGACUAUUUCCAACAUCAUGAUUUGUUUGAUUUGUUGAAUGUGAAGGAUGAUAUUCAUCACAAACUUCCACUCGAGAAUGCCAUUCACUUUAAGAGAAAUCUAUUCCUGUAUCGAAUCAUACCACUCUUGUACAGUUAUUGGAUAGAUGAAGUGAGAGAUUUGAAUGCUCAAGCAAAGACAUUGUCUGAUAUGUACCAGAAUGAUUCAGAGUUGUGUGAUGCCCUAUCACAAAGUAUGUCGGCUCUUCAAAUUCAAGACGAUGCAGUGAAUGUUGAUGGGGAUGACAAGGAUGAAGAUCAAGAACCCAUGGAAAACACUUUGUCACAUGCUGCGGUAUUAUCACAAAAUGAUGCUACCUCAUUGUCGACAUCUCAACAAGAACGCCAUCAGCAACACUCUAGAGUUGUGACAAGUGGUGAGGAUUCACCACGCGUUUUAGUGACGUUGGAUCAAGCAUUAGAUUCCACUUCUGCCUCACAACCACAACAACCUCAAUCUCAUCCACAACAACCAAGCAAAUUAACUACAGGUAAAAUUUCAAGAAAAACCUCAUUUAAGGAAAUGCUUACAAAAAUAUUUACUGUGGAUAGUGGAAUUGCUAAAUCAGAGAAUGCCUCUGCUGAUUUGAAUGAUAUCAUAAUGGAAAUUGCAACCUCAGCCUCACCCUCUGCAAAGCAUGUCACAACCACUGCCAAGUUUGAUCCUCAACCCACUCCCCGAAUUUUAACACCAACAGAAGAACCGAAUUUCAUCAAACUAGAGGAGGUUGAAAAUCUUGCUCCUCUCAAGCACAAACUUGAAAGAUUUGAAAAUGAAUUCGAGUUAAAGGACAUUGAUAAGAUUACUCAAAAUCUAGGAACAUUCCCAACGCUCCUUAAUGCAUAUUUCGAGAAGGAAUUUAAUUCGAGCAAGAUUACUAUUCAAUUGGUCUUAUGUGCAACCUCCAAUAGCGCCAAAAAGUUAAAUGUCUCUUCUACUACCAAUAAUUCAAAUGGUAAUAACAACAAGAAUCUCAAAGACAAGACGGCUCUCUCAAAUCAAGCCAAUGACUUUGAAGAAAUAUUCCACAACUUUGAUGUUUCUCUCCAAUUCAAUGAAGAUACAAACAUUACUUGGGAUACAGCAAGAGGUAUCUCCAAGAUUACUUCCAAACCUCUUCUCAAUAGACUCUAUGCCAGUAUUGACAUCUUCUCCGUGGAGGGUAAACACCGAGUUCAAACAUUUGUCAAGAAGGUUGCCAUGACCAUUGCUUACUGGAAUGUGACACAACCACAGGACACUCACAGUGCACAUCAAUUUGUAGAAUCCAUCUUAUUAGAGACUGGUUAUUUGGCAAGUUGUAGGAGUCUGUUCGAAGCAUUUGCAUCCGUGGUCGAUAUCAAAAAGAGUCCUCUCGUCUCUGAAAAGAACAUUAAGAGAAAACUCAACAUUCCAAAAGAAAUUCAAAAACCCUUUUCAAAGAAGAAAUGGUCCUUCACUACCCUUAAAGACACUUACGAAUUUAAUGAUUUGUUGAAUAUGGCGAUGAAUUCAGAAUCGAAUGAGACUCUCAUUACAGACCUUACAAGAAUUGUUCAUGGAUUUGAACGAGCACUCAAAUAA